ACGGCCAGGAUGUUCUAGGCCCGGACAUACGUUUGAUUUUCUUCCGUGUGGGCUCUCACCAGUGGAGGAGCGCGCGAUGGCGGUGAAGAACUGGGUCUCGCGGCUGGACAGCAAGGGCAAGAUCGUGUGCUCUCUGGUUGUGGCGCUCAGUGUCUUCUCGGCGAUUCUUGGCUUCUCGGCCGAGGGCGAGCGCGUCAGGCCCGACGAGGUGCGUCGCGUCAAUGGGGCGUGUACAUAUCCCAAGAGCUCGGCGUUGGGUCUUGGAAUCAGCGCGGCCCUCUUCCUCCUCGCCGCCCAAGUCCUCGUUAACGUCUUUGGCGGCUGCAUUUGCUGCGAGAGGAGAUCGAGCUCCUCGUUCGUUUCCAUGAUCCGGCUCGCAACUUUGAGCUUGAUCGCCUCCUGGAUCACUUUCUUCUUCGCUUUCAUCCUGCUCGUCGUGGGAGCAAGCUUGAAUCAGCGCCACCAGGACGAUCACUGGUUCACUGGCCAGUGCUUCGUCGUCAAGCGUGGGGUAUUUGCUGGUGCCGCGGUGCUCUCGCUCGCGACUGGAGCUCUGGGAGUUCUCUACUACUUCGCCGCCUCCGAGACGAGGAAGCAGGACUGGCAAAGCCAUCAACCGGGCGGUGUCACCAUGGGCCAGUCGUAUGGAGCUCACCAGUUUGGAAGCUACUCUCCAUACCCACAAAGCAGCCAGUUCCCUUCCAUUUGAAUCAAGCUAAGUGGUUUCUUUCUCUUGGUACCAUCUCUCUCGUGGAGCUUAAAGAGCUUAGAUUUCUUGUCUAGGUGCUCGCUUGAAUAAGAGAGCGUUCUUCCCGAGUCUUAAGACUUACUCUUUA